GUCAGGUGGAGCUUCAACUAUGGGCGGUGUUGGUGGUGGCGGCGGCGGCGGCAGUACAAUUGGCGGUGGCAGCGUGCUGGGCGGACACGGUACUCUGAUGAGCACAGCGGGUAUGAGCAAUAGUACGAUUGGCGGCGGCGGCGGCGGUGUUGGGGCUCCUCCUGGCAGUAUGUUGCACGGUGGCGGUGGCGGUGGCAUGGGCAUUGGUACGCCCGGUAAUAUGGGUAUGCCAGGCGUUUAUGGCAAUGGCAACGGCGGCGGCGGUGUAGGUGGUCCAAUGGGACCCAUGGGUGGUAAUGGUGGCGGCGGCGGUGGUGGUGUUGGUGGCAAUGGUGCAAGUACGGCGCCCGGUUCGGUGAUGGAUUCACGCGCGGUGUCCGUGGUCGUUACGUUGCCUGGUGGGCCGGGCGCGCAACACCCCGGGCAGGCGCUGAGCGACUAUGGUCCUAUAUAGUUAAUGGUACGACCAGAUACAGCGCACUGGGUGUCCACGAGCAGUUUUUCGCAGCUGUAAAUGAGUGCAAUAGCACGCGUGGUGUGAAAGUGAGAGCGAGCGGGAGAAAGAGAGAGUGAGAUACGUUGCGCUCAUUUACAUUGUUGCGUUAUGCGAUUUUAAGUUUAGGCACUUUUUCUAGCUUUAAAGCUGUUGGAAAGAGUAAAAGCUUGAAAAGAGAAAUUUACGCCAUAUUAAUUUCCGCUAAUUUAGAGUUGUAAAAAAAAUGUGUUUAAUGGCAGAAAUGUUACAUAAAAAAUGUAAGAAAACAAUUUAAAUGAUAAAGGAAAAGUAUGUAAUAAAGUAAUAAUUAAGCAAGCUAAACUACAUAAUUCUAGUCCAUUUUCAUUGAAAGAAAUAAAAUAAUAAAAC